AUGGCUGCGUACGCGGUGAUCGCGGUGGAGGCGGCGGCGCAGCUGGUGACCCUGCUGGCGCCUCUGCUCGUCGUGGCGCUCGUCGCCGCGGUGAUCGCGUCGGCGUGGGCGGAUGGGGGCAUGCGCGGGGCCGAGGCGCAGGUGGACGCGCAGGCCGGGGAGUGGGCGCGCUACGUGUUCGGCGCGGAGGCCGCCGCGCCGCGCCCACUCCCGGUGGCGUCCCAAGGGGAGCACGGCUGA